UAAGAUCUUUGUAAUAUAAGUUGUGCGUAAAUUUCCUGACAUUUGCCGUACAAAUCAAUCUGUAACCUUGUGGGGAGAACUGUGUAUGUCUGGAAAAGGUUGUAAGACGGACGACUUAGCGUGCAGGACAGAUCAGGCGGAUGUAGUCGAUCGCAGGAGACUCGAUAGAUUAGCAGGUCCACUUACUGCCGUCUGAGUGGGUAAUGUCGUGGCCAACUCACUGAGCCAAAUAAAACCAUAUAAAACACACUAGCUGGGAAUCUGCUCAUUCCUUGACGAUUCCGAGGAUGUUGACGAGCACCUGGGGCUUCCUGAAGCGCCACAAAAGGAAGUUCAUAUUUGCCGGGGCUUUCGUUGGAGGUGUGUAUCUCCUGGGGAAAUUGGCGCAGAGGAAGAUCCGCGAGAUCCAGGAGCGGGAAGCGGCGGAGUACAUUGCGCAGGCGCGCCGGCAGUUCCACUUCGAGAGCAACCAGAGGACGUGCAACAUGACAGUGCUGUCCAUGCUUCCCACGCUGAGGGAGGCCAUCGUUCAUCAUCUCAACUCGGAGAGCUUGACUACACUGCUGAGGAGCAAACCGACAAAUAAGCUAGAAAUCUGGGAAGACCUCAAGAUCAUCAGUUUCACAAGAAGCACCGUGGCUGUGUACAGCACCUGCAUGCUGGUUGUCCUUCUGCGCAUUCAGCUCAACAUCAUUGGGGGCUACCUGUACCUGGACAACUCCAUCAGCAAGAAUGGAACGAAUCCCCAGGCCCCACCAGAGGUGCAGCAGCAGUACCUGUCCAGCAUACAACACCUGUUGGGAGAUGGGUUAGUCGAGCUCAUGACUGUAGUCAAACAAGCGGUGCAGGAUGUAUUGGGCGGAGUCUCACUGAAGCAGAGCUUGUCCCUACGUGACCUGGAACAAUAUUUCCACCAGAUUAGAACCCAUGUGGAGGAGGGCUACAGAGGUUUGACACCAAAGCCCCUCUCAUGGUACAUGAUGCCUGAUGAAGAGACCACACUGGCUGCUCAGGCCUGUGGUUUGACGGAGAAAGACGUUGCAACGAUAAAGCUGCUUAAUGAAACCAGAGACAUGUUGGAGAGCCCAGACUUCAAGACCGUCCUCAGCACGUGCUUACAACGGGGAUUCAGCCGUUUCUUGGACAACAUAGCCGAAUUCUUCCGGCCCUCUCAGGUGGACUCUGCCCACACUGGUGCACCCGAUAGCCUGUCGCACGUUCGUCUGCCCCUGGCCAAAAUCAUACCCAUUGUGAACGGACAGAUACACUCAAUAUGCAGCGAAAUUCCCAGUCACUUUGUUCAGAUGCAUGGACCUCACUGUCACAUGGAAUGUAGCACCACGAUUCUCAGAAGGUGUGGAGACUCCCAGGGUCAAGGUGCUUGGGAUUCUGGGAAACGUAGUCAGAAACCCUGCACUUUGGAAAUUCAUUACCCCUCCUCACCAGCUUCCUCCUUCAAGGAUGUUUCAGACACAUUGAAUGUUCCUAAACUAGAAGCUCAUAAGUCAGUUCACACCAGACCUUGUGAAAGUGGCAGGAAAGGGAGUUAAACAACUUGUACCUUUUUUUUUUUUUUUUUUUUUUUUAAAUUUAGUAGAAGUGAUGAAUCUGCCAACAGGGUGUUGGGUGGCAGGACCAGCCAGAAAAAAGAUUCAUGUUCAGUUCUGACAUGUUAAACACCUUCAUGGCAGCAUCUUUAGGCUUCCUGACAUAAUAUUGCACAGUGUUUUGGCAUUACAUGUAAAAAUCCUCCUUGGAAAAGGUUGUUUUCUUCCCCCUCUUCAAAUACGUGCAGCAGAACUGUCUAAAGAGCCCAAGUACACUCUUUGGUCGAAUCCUCUUGUGAUUCCUAUGAUUUGCUACAAUGUCUGCAACUCGUCUAUUAAAGCAGCACAACUAGUCUGAUAUUUUGGACAGUUUUUAAAAUGAAAAAUCACAUGUGACUGCAGUUCGUUGCUCCUCGUUACUCAUACACCCGAUACAGAACUCCAUCUCAUUUCUCUGCUAAUCAUUCCCAAUAUUUUGUACCACCGAAUACACAUUAGACUGAGGCCCCUAGUGUGUAUUAAGAGUAAAUGAAUAUAGUUCAAAUAGGCCAAAGAGAUGGGGUUCAAGUUCUGAUUUUGAGGAUCUGCCUGUUACUGGUCCUUCCUGACAUGCAUUACCAUUUUUUUACAUUGCCCUAACACUGAAAAUAUAGUGUAUAC